AUGCAAAGGUGGUGGCUGCUUCUGCGGGGAUUCUCUCUCUGCCUCACCGUCAGCCUUCUCCUUCAAGGAAGAGGUGACACUUUCACCAUCAACUGCUCAGGGUUCGACAGGAAUGGGGUGGAUCCUGCUGCCUUCCAGGCAGUGUUUGCCAGAAAGGCCUUCCGUCCAGUCCUCAACUACAGCAUCCCAACUCAUGUCAACAUCUCCUUCACCCUUUCUGCCAUCCUGGAAGUGAACGCACAGCUCCAGCUGCUGACAUCAUUCCUGUGGAUGGAUUUGAUAUGGGAUAAUCCGUUCAUCAGCUGGAACCCCAAGGACUGUGUUGGCAUCAAUAAACUCACCAUAUCAGCUGAAAACCUGUGGCUCCCAGACAUCUUCAUAGUUGAAUCCAUGGAUGUGGAUAAGACACCUUCAGGUCUCACAGUUUAUGUCAGCAGUGAAGGCCGCAUAAAAUAUGGCAAGCCGACGCGGUUGACCAGCAUCUGUAACCUGGAUAUCUUCUACUUUCCUUUUGACCAACAGAACUGUACUUUUACUUUUAGUUCUUUCCUCUACACCGUGGAUAGCAUGCUCCUGGGCAUGGUAAAGGAAGUGUGGGAGAUAACAGACACAUCUCGGGACGUCAUUCAAACCCAGGGAGAGUGGGAGCUCCUGGGCAUCAACAAGGCCACCCCAAAGAUGUUCGUGGGCAGCAACCUGUAUGACCAGAUCGUGUUCUACGUGGCCAUCAGGCGCAGGCCCAUCCUCUACGUCAUAAACCUUCUGGUGCCCAGCAGCUUUCUGGUCGCUAUCGACGCCCUCAGCUUCUUCCUGCCGGCGGAAAGUGAAAACCGUGCCCCCUUCAAGAUAACUCUUCUGCUGGGCUACAACGUCUUCCUGCUCAUGAUGAAUGACUUACUCCCCGCCAGUGGCACCCCCCUCAUCAGUGUCUACUUUGCCCUGUGUCUCUCCCUGAUGGUGGUCAGCCUCCUGGAGACCAUCUUCAUCACCUACCUCCUCCACGUGGCCACCACCCAGCCCCCACCCAUGCCUCAGUGGCUCCACUCCCUGCUGCUGCACUGCUCCAGCCCCACUAAAUGCUGCUGUGGUGAACCCCAAAGAGGAAAUAAGGAUGAGGGUCUCACUUCCACCUGCUUGCCUGGCCUGAAGGAGCCUGUGGAGUUGGUGGGUAAGAUGUCUAGCUCUGCAGAGGCAGAACCAGCAAGGGCCCAGCAGGAACACGAGGCCCAGAAGCAGCACCUGGUUGACCUGUGGGUGCAGUUCAGCCACGUGAUGGACACCCUGCUCUUCCGCCUCUACCUGCUCUUCAUGGCCUCGUCCAUCAUCACCAUCAUUGUCCUCUGGAACACUUAG